UCCGGCCGCGCGCGCAUCGAUCUCAUACCCAUGGCCGUCUCAGAGCUUGAGGUCGACGGCGUCGUCUUCCCGCCGCUGGCCCGUCCGCCGGGCACAGCCCACGCGCACUUCCUCGCCGGCGCAGGUGUGCGAGGGAUGGAGCUCGGCGGCAACUUCAUCAAGUUCACGGCCAUCGGCGUGUACCUGCAGGCCGACGCCGCCGUGUUCGCGCUCGCCGCGAAGUGGGCCGGGAAGCCCGCCGACGAGCUCGCCGCCGACAACGCCUUCUUCCGCGACGUCGUCACGGGCGAGUUCGAGAAGUUCACGCGGGUGACCAUGAUCCUGCCGCUCACCGGCGCACAGUACUCCGAGAAGGUGACCGAGAACUGCGUCGCCUACUGGAAGGCCGUCGGCAAGUACACGGACGCUGAGGCCGCCGCCGUCGACAAGUUCAAGGAGGCCUUCAAGGCCGAGAGUUUCCCUCCCGGCGCGUCCAUCCUCUUCACCCACUCCCCCGCCGGCGUCCUCACCGUCGCGUUCUCGAAAGACUCGUCGUUGCCGGAGUCGGGCGGCGUGGCGAUAGAGAACAGGCCGCUCUGCGAGGCCGUGCUGGAGUCCAUCAUCGGCGAGCACGGGGUCUCGCCGGCCGCGAAGCUCAGCCUGGCGACCAGGGUCGCCGAGCUCCUGAAGGAGGCCGCACCCGUCAGCGAGCCGGCGGUGGCAGAGCCCGUGUCGGUUUCAGCGUGAACGGACUGGGCACCGUCACUGCUGGCUUAUACAUGUGGUUGGUGAUGUCCGUGUUGACACGUCGUGUUCCGGAGCUUCUACCGUUGUUUCUCUUGCGUCGAGGUCAACCGUGCUAACUUGAAUAAACAAACCCCAGCCAUUGAAAUUUAUUUACAUCAAAUAUUUAGGGGCUGUUUACCUCUCGAUAAUUUUUAACAAUCAAUACGAUGAUGUAUCAUACUCCCCAAUUUCACUAUUUCAAUCAAUAAGGCGUUCUCUU